AGGCAUCUCACGAGUUUUCACCUACCUUUUUUUUGUUGUUUUGCUAAAGAGCUCAUCCAAUCUCACCACUCUGCACGGCGGUGACAAAAGACAAUUUCACUCGCGGCAACGUUGGUCAGUUUCUCUUUUGGCGUUCCGCGUGUCCAUCGAAGGAAGAACACGUUCGGGAGUAAUUUCACUUUCGUUUGAAUUCACUGUGCGACGAUGACUGAUCGUGUGUUGACGGUUGCGUGUUGUUUACUGCCGGUGUUGCUGAGUGUGCUUGGCGUUCUGCCCAGUUUGGGAACUGCACUUUCAAGAACAGGAUCUUCCGAAGUUACUGAGGAUAUUUACAAACACGAUUGGGAACCUUCGUCUGCUGUGGAAUUACGAGCCGUGUUACGCUCACUGGCCAAAACGAAGGAAAACGACGAUAUUCAUGCGGAAGGCAAGCAGCUUCCUUCCUUCUCAGCGGCUCCAUUCGGUUCUGCCAAUCCAUGCAAAUGUCUCCACGGAAUCUGUAGCUGCUGUUUAGGUGUUUUCAGCAUGAAUGGGUGUGCUAAUCUAACCUACAUUCCGGAGGACUUUGCCUUUGAGUUUCGCAUGAUUUUCAACAAUCGCGUACUGACGAAGAAUCGCAUCAGCGGCAAGAACCCGAAACCGAUCUGCGUACAUCCGCCCCGGUUUGACUUCAUCGAAGUGUGUGCUAACUUCUACGAUGUUUACUUUGUCGGACGCAACAUGCACGUGUGCAUGGAGAUGAACGGUAACUUUGAGGGUUAUGAGCUGUUUUCUAGAUCGUUCAAUUGCUUGCGGAUAGGUGACAAGGGUGUGAAAGUGAUGAAGCCAGGUGAAACGGUCGGAGGAUCGAUCAAUCCAUCGCUUGAGGCAGAGAUCGAUGCCGGUGACGAUAUUGAAGAUUACGAUGAAGCUGUCGUAUGAACUGUUGUUUCGUUUGAAAAAUAAAUUUUCGUUAAAGCAUAAGAUGCUCGUUUUGUUGUUAAAUUACAAAAAAAGCAUUUAAAAGUGAUUUAUAUUUAGCCGCCGAAACUUGUUUAUCCGGCGCAGAGCUC